AUGGCUAAGAGUGAAGGGUUGAGUUCAAGUGCAAGGUCAUCCUAUAAGAAGAAGUUCGGCGGUCCCUUAUGCUACUGGAAGAAACGAAUGAGUACGGCGAAGGCAUGGACAGAUGACAAUCCGGGUCGAAGGUUUUGGUUGUGUGAUUCUCAUGGGUUCGUCAAUUGGGUUGAUAAGGAGGAGCAAAAUGAAUGCGUGAUGGAUCGUCAGAGAGGAGAAAUAAAAAAUCUUAAACAGUUGCUUAGGACAACUUCUCAAGAAGCCCCAGCUGGAGAUUCAACUGCAUUACUGUUGGAGGAAGGGAACAGACUCGCAGAGGAGAAAGAGAAACUUGAAAUUGCACUUAUAACAUCAGUUGAAAAAGAGAAAUUACUAAGGCAAUUCAUUGGUCUUUCGUGUGGAGGCUUCAUUGUUAUCAUAAUCAUUAUGGCCGUUAUCAUGGUGAAGAAGUAG